GGAAUGGGGAUUUUACAGUAUCCUUCCCCUGGAGUGGGGUGGGAAUGGAGAUUUUGCAGUAUCCUUCCCCUGGAGUGGGGAGGGAAUGGAGAUUUUACAGUAUCCUUCCCCUGGAGUGGGGAGGGAAUGGAGAUUUUACAGUAUCCUUCCCCUGCCACGCCCACCAAGCCAUGCCCACAGAACCGGUAGUAAAAAAAAAAUUGGAUUUCACCAAUGGUAUCUUCCAUUUACAAAUUAGGAAAUUAAUUCUGUUUUCUUUUUGAAAAGAUCAGAUCCGGCUCGGUUCCUUGAUGCAAUUUCUGGGCAACAAUAGAAAAAUUGUGCAACUUCCCAAAUUUUACCCCGCCCGCUCCCUCCCUCGGAUGCUUUGGUACUUUCCCAUCUGUGUGCUCAGCCAAGCCGAGCCAAGGUUAAUUACCGAUGUUUCUGAAAUAGAGAAGCUGAAGGAUGCCUUCGGCAGGGUGGUUUUUUACUUGGAAGAGAAAGGCAUGGCCAAAGCCCCUUUCCAGCAAGCAGUUCCCGAGGCUGUGAGCGAAGUGGAAAAAGAAGUAGCACAACUCAAAGCAGCACCGCCUUGCAUUCCACCAUGUGGCUACCAGAAAGAAGCCCACUACUACACAUGUUCCUCUUGUUCCAUCAUGGAUUGCCAGCUACCCAUCGAUUGCCCAAUUCAGGAUAUACACAAAUUGGAAGGAGAGGCAACUUUUCUGAACUGCGAAGUCGCCUUCCAGACUUCCUCAGACAGGACCUUCCGGUGGAAAUUUGUCAAAGAUCUCCGGACGGAAGAGCUCUUUCUCUUCCAAGACCUCAAUUUUGGAGUCAACCCUUCCCUCCUCAUUCGACCCACCCUUGGAUCCCAUCACGGGACUUUUGCCUGCGAACUUGAAGAGGAGAGCGACGCGGUGAUCAGAAAGUAUUUUUAUGUCAACGUGACAGAAAAGAGGCUUGGAAAAGAGAAAAAGCUGCAAGAAAUGUUUAAAGCCAUCUUGAAUUCCCCACCGGAGUCGGUACAGGAAGCAGAGGUGGUGAACAAGCUACCCUCACUUCAAGAUCUAAUGUCCCAGCCUGAUUAUCUCAGGAAAAGGGGAGUCAUUGUGCUUAUCGUUGGAAUAACUGGGAUAUCCCUGCUGGUUACUUUAGCAGUUCUGUCCCUGUAUCGCUGGGCGACGGACUUCGGGCCGUGAAUCGGGAGACCCUUCGGUCUUUUUCAUUUGUAUUUGAUUCCCCCAUCCGCUGGAGCCGCCGCCACGCGCGGAACCCAUUAAAAACGGCCAAGCUGCCCUUCGCGUCACGCCAGGCAGCGAGUCUUGCAAAUGUUUUAGCGCCGCCGCGAAAUUCGGAAAUCCUCCCGCCUUCGCACAGCAGACGGGAUGGAGCUGGGAGGGGGA